UCCUCUUUCGGCCCCAUGGAGUCCUCAUCCAUCCCCCAGUCAUCAGGAAACGCAUCCACUUUGGGAAGAGCCCUUCAAACACCAGGUCCCUCUACUGCCAGCGGGAUCCCCGAGUUGGGACUGCAGGACGUGGCUUCAGAAUCCGUGGCCCUCUUCUUUAUGCUCCUGCUGGACCUUACUGCUGUGGCUGGCAACGCUGCCGUGAUGGCUGUUAUUGCCAAGACACCUGCCCUCCGAAAAUUUGUUUUCGUCUUCCAUCUCUGUCUGGUGGACCUACUGGCUGCUCUGACCCUCAUGCCCCUGGCCAUGCUCUCCAGCUCCGCUCUCUUUGACCACGCCCUCUUCGGGGAGGUGGCCUGCCGCCUCUACUUGUUCCUGAGCGUUUGCUUUGUCAGCCUGGCCAUCCUUUCGGUGUCUGCCAUUAACGUGGAGCGCUACUACUAUGUGGUCCACCCCAUGCGCUACGAGGUACGCAUGACCCUGGGGCUGGUGGCCUCCGUGCUAGUGGGCGUGUGGAUAAAGGCCCUGGCCAUGGCUUCUGUGCCAGUGUUGGGCAGGGUCUCCUGGGAGGAAGGCGCUCCCAGCGUUAACCCAGGCUGUUCUCUCCAAUGGAACCAUAGUGUCUACUGCCAGCUUUUUGUGGUGGUCUUUGCUGUUCUUUACUUCUUGGUGCCCUUGAUCCUGAUCUUUGUGGUUUACUGCAGCAUGUUCCGAGUGGCUCGUGUGGCGGCCAUGCAACACGGGCCUCUGCCCACGUGGAUGGAGACACCCCGGCAACGCUCUGAGUCUCUCAGUAGCCGCUCUACUAUGGUCACCAGCUCCGGGGCUCACCAGACCACUCCACACCGGACGUUUGGGGGUGGAAAGGCAGCAGUGGUCCUUCUGGCUGUAGGAGGCCAGUUCCUGCUCUGUUGGUUACCCUACUUCUCUUUCCAUCUUUACGUGGCCCUGAGCGCUCAGCCCAUUUCGACAGGACAGGUGGAGAACGUGGUGACGUGGAUCGGCUACUUUUGCUUCACUUCCAACCCUUUUUUCUAUGGAUGUCUCAACCGUCAGAUCCGGGGCGAGCUUAGCAAACAGUUUGUCUGCUUCUUCAAGGCAGCUCCAGAGGAGGAGCUGAGGCUGCCUAGUCGGGAGGGCUCUAUUGAGGAGAAUUUCCUGCAGUUCCUCCAGGGGACCUCGGAGAACUGGGUUUCCAGGCCCCUACCUAGCCCUAAGCGGGAGCCACCACCUGCUGUUGACUUUCGAAUCCCAGGCCAGAUUGCUGAGGAGACCUCGGAGUUCCUGGAGCAGCAACUUACCAGCGACAUCAUCAUGUCAGACAGCUACCUCCGUCCCGCCCCCUCACAAAAGCUGGAGUCCUGAUGGACACUUGGAGGGAAAUAAGGCUUGGGGCUGGUUUACGAUC